GUGAUUUUGUCGGCGGUAUCUUUACAUGGGUUCAAGAAAGCGAACUACGAACAAGGAAUAAAACCAAGUAUCCCGGACAGAGCUGUUAGCCAUCAAAGAGUUCAGCCGGGUAGAGAUCCAAAAUAUAAUUUCGACUAUAGCGCGGGCGCGUUUCGUCCAGUUCUCAAAAAAUCCAAAAUCCAAUGGUGCUCCGAACUACAGUACAUGCACCCCGAUGAAGAUUUAGAGUUAGAUAAGAAACCAGUUGCCUUGGUUAGUUUUCCUGGCAGUGGAAACACAUGGCUGCGGUAUUUACUACAACAAGCUACAGGUUACUAUACUGGGUCAGUCUACAAAGAUUAUGGAUUGUUAAAAAAUGGCUUUCCAGCUGAAAGUAUAACCAACAAUUCAGUAUUAGUGGUGAAAACACACGAAUGGGGUACUAAUGCUAGGAACAUGUUCUCUAAGGCCAUCCUAUUGGUCCGCUCGCCAGAAAAGGCUAUCCAUGCCGAAUUUAACAGACAAAGUGGCGGCCAUAUUGGAUUUGCUUCCCCGGACAGAUACAGGAGGACCAACGGAAAAUGUGAGUUUAGCUGUCUAAACAAUUAUUUAUAAAAUUUAUGAGAAGAGUCAAAACUAUUAUACUAAUAUAUUUCUCUCUGCCUGUUUCUUUCUUUUGCCUUUGUA